AAAGAGAGGGAGUUGGGUGGGUGGUAGCAGCACUGGAGGUUGGGGUGUACACUUUAGACAUAAACUGUUCACACGGUCCAAUUGCGAACGCGGUCUUCUCCAGAAGAUACCCAGAGAGAUACCUCACGACACUUUGGCGGAGUACAGACCUGCCGGACCUGCCAUAGCUGGACCAAGGCAUUGGACCUAGUAACUGCACUGGUACAGCUCGGAGGAUAGUGAGAGAGACUAGACUACUGCCGUCUCCAUCCUCCUCUCUGGGACCUGCUUGGCCCAAUGAUGCUGGUGCUGUGGACAGCUGUUCUGUUGGGUUUCAGCAGGUUGUGUCAAGUAGCAGCAGCAUCUCCCGGUGGUGACCUCUGGGCCAAGUGUCCAUCCGGACAGUGUAAGGCCAAGUUUGGAGAUGGGUCAUGUGAUAAAGAGUGCACCGAGCCCGAGUGUCUGAGAGACGGGUUCGACUGUCUGAGAGACAAAGGACACUGCAAUUCAGGCCACAUCCACUACUGCCGAGACCACUAUGCCAACUCUUACUGUGACCAGGGCUGUGAAAGCGCCGCCUGUGGCUGGGACGGGAGUGACUGUCACAGGCACCACAGCCCUCUGUGGGCUAAGGGCACCCUGCUCCUGCACACCCACGUCCCCCUGCAACACGGCACAUUUUCCAACAGUUCCCUUCUCUGGGCCCUCAGCACCCUCCUGCAGACGCCCCUCAAACUGCGCGGCACUGUGCCCCUUGACUCCAGCAAGGACCUCUUCACCUUUAAUCCCCAGCAGCUCGAACACCUGCUGGCUCAAGCUUCCUCGGAUGACUCAAAUGGCUCUCUCCUAUUCCUGCAAGUGGAUAACAGGCCGUGCUCCCGUCUUCCUUCUACCUGUUUUCCGUAUGCCAUCGAAGCAGCUAACUUCUUGCGGGCUGCUACGUCACUGACUCGUGUGUCGGUCCCCUCUCACCCAGAAUUAAAGGCCAUUAUUAGUGUAAGAGGGGUUGGGGAGGAAAUAGGAGGGAGAGAGGAGGACCCAGUUGAGGAAAAAGACGAAACUAAUGGAGCAACACCUCCAUGGCUAUGGGCUGUGAUCGGCGUGGCAACGGGCCUGGUACUGGCUUUGGUCUUGAUGGUUGUCUUGGCGAUCAGAAGGGUGAGACGACGACGAGCGGAGAGGGAGGGAGGAGGAGAGAGGGUUAGGCACAGAUCCACUGUCACUGAGAAUGACAGCGGAGCCAAUGUGGCCAAGGCAUGGGCACAGCACACACCCCACCGAGAGCAGAGGGGCAGGACAGGGAGAGAGAAAGACAGGAAUGGGAUAAAGAAGAAGAAAGCAAAGGAGGCUGAGAAGAAAAGACGCAGAGAUCCACUGGGGGAGGAUGCCAUUCGACUGCGGCCCCUGAAAAAGGACCUGGAUAUUGGAAGUGACACUGACUUUACCCAGAGUUCUAUGGAGGACAUCAACACGUCCAUCCGUGACCACCGAACGCAAGAGCAGAAGCACUACCGCAGCCCUCCAAGCCACCCACAAUCACCCAUACAACCUCCACUUUUAGCUCCCCCAAGAGGAUGGGAGAGAAAUGCUGUCCCGUCUCCACAUCACAGAACACCCAAUCAAUCUGGUUCGGUUCAGUGGUGUGGUCCAGAUGGGUCAGUGGUCCUGAUUCGUGCAGUCCGGAGUGGGCUUGACCGUGUGGUCCUGGAGCUGCUACGAGCUGGGGUGCCGGUCAACAACACAGACCACACUGGGAGAUCAGCCCUCCACUGGGCAUGCUCAGUUAACCACCUCUCCUUGACAAGAACCCUCACUCGCUACGGUGCUGCGGUGGACCUACAGGACAACAAGGGUGAGACUGCUCUGUUCCUCUCCGCCCUCCACGGUUGCUACGACACCGCCCGGUUCCUGCUCCUGAACGGUGCCAAUCAGGAUCUGUCUGAUCGCAGAGGACGCCGGGCACUGGAUGUUGCCCGAGAGGGCAUACAUCAUCAAGUCCUGGAGCUCCUAUUGGCUCACAGGGUUCAGAGAGGGCCUAUUCCUAUGGAGCAAGCCAAUGAUAUGCUGUGGGAUGAGCGUGCCUUGCUGUAUAGCCAAUGGGUGAAUUCCCCUGGGCUCCCUGGGAGAAGUGCCUCCUUCUCUGGUGUCAUAGGGCAUCGGGAUAUGUCUUCGCCUCCACCAAGUGAUUGGUCAAUGGGCAGAGUGCAGUGCCCUUCCCCUCAGAACUGGCGGCCACAGCUCAACCAAUCAGUGACCGCAUUGGUCACCCCAAGAAUCAUGGGGCGUCCCCCACGGCCAAUCAGCACUCUGCAGGAAGUUACCUCAGAGGACGAAGAUCGUGAAAGGCCCCAGGAAGUCCCGAGAGCAGCGACACCGCACUUCCUGUUACCCCAGCCUGCUCCUCGACAGCGGUCCUUCUCCUGUACCCAGAAUGCACUGCAGCGUCGCUCCAGUUCACAGCAGCCCGAACCAACUUAUGUUGCCUUAUCGGAGAAAAUUGCCAAUGAGCCCAUAGAAAGAGUGAUCGUAGUCCCUCCUACAGAUGCUCCCACCCAAUCAAAUCGUAGAUCAAUAGUCAAUAGUAGCGAUAACCCCAACAGGGCGGCACCAGAGAUUGAGACAGCAAGUUUUAAAAAGGCAGACCAGAAAGCCCGAAGUGAGAAGCUAAAUAACCACAUGCCUGACUCUAAACAAACAGCUUUGUAAGGGAGAGGGCUCUGCUAAAAUUACCCCAAAUACCAUGUCAAUCACGUGCUGUUUACAUUUUCUGUAACAGGCUCCUUGCCCCUAAAUAACCGCAGAUUGACAGACGGGAUAUAAACUCAGUCAAUAAAUGAGUAACUUAAUUUACUCUAAAUAUCUAAAUCAAUAAACUAUGAAAUAA